AGGAGAAAUGGACAUAUAUGUGGAUUCGUGUCCCCAGAACAUUACAGAGGUAUUAGAGUCCUCCUCCAGGCUGGGGUGUGGUCAGGACAAGUAUGGGAACAAUCAGUAUCUCUGUGUCCCUAACACAGACAAAACUGGACUUAUAGAACUAUGUUACAAUGGAAUCAUGGGGUUAAUAAAAAGAGGCAACUGCUUGGAAACCGAUGGAGAAAAUCUUUACUGGAACAACUGCCUUGGAUUUUUUUCAGGUUGUCCUGAAAAGGAAUAUCGAAGCAAUGAAAUAUACCAAUAUUCUGCGUGUCAAAGCAUCAAUGCACAGCACAAUUGCUAUCUUGCUGAAUCAUCAUGUCCUAAUAUCACACUGAACACUACUUCAAGCAACACCACACUGGACGUGCAACCGACAAUACCCCCUCCAGAAACAUCUCAUGUAGCAGAGAUUGUGGGCGGUCUAGUUGCCUUCCUCUUCAUACUUGCUGUUAUUCUAAUAUUAGCUGUCGUUCUUUGGAGAAGAAAAAAGAGUCAGAAAAAUGAUGCACAAGAACAUAUCUCAAUUGAAGGUAAAGAGUUGUUGCUAGCAAAGGUGGAUGGAACUCUAGAUAAGACCAGAACACCAAAGGAAAAUCGUUACAAUGUUCCAAGACAAAUAGAGCCGUCUUUUCAUGAAGAUGAUACCAGAGAUGAAGCUAAAGAGUUGUUGGAAGAAAAGGUGGAUGAAACGUUCCCAGAUCAAGUACAGCGUAUUUACCUGGGUGAUUACAACACAUGGAAGACAGAGCUUUUGGGUUUGUAUUUAUUCAAUUAUCUCUAA